AGAUGGAGGACGGCAGCUCGGUUGAUUCUGCGAUCAGCGGUGACGAUGCCGGAAUACUACCGACUCCAGGCUACAUGGAAAUGGUAAAACGAGUGGCUGAAGUUCAGUGGCGUCUGGUUUCAAAUAUUCCAACAGGGUUUAGCUAUUAUGAACAGUUGAAAACAUACUGCCAUUACACGUGGUUCGAUGCCAGUCUCAUUCUUGGCUUCGCUGUUUUGUGGACCAUUCUCCGAUCCAGUCUGACAUCAAAUGUUUACAAGCCAAUUUUGAAUCGACUGCAGUUGGAUGACAAGCAGAAUGUUGUCAAGGCACCGGAGAGUAUGUUUAAGAGUUUUUGGUACUUAUUUUCCUGGAGCUACACGUACUAUGUACUAUUCAAUGGAAAAUACGAUAUAUUUCAAAAUCCAGCGGCUAUUUUUGAAGAGCUGGUUGAUACGAGUGGCGUCAAGGGCUCGUAUUAUCUACAAACUGAAGCUGAGUGGAUAAAUACAGACUGUGAUGUCACAAGUAUUAUGUUUACCGAGGUGCAUAUGAUUGGCUUCAGUGUCAAACUUGUGUUAAGAGACCACCUCUACAUCAAGUCCACCUGCCUACAGUGA